GUGGCGGUGCCCGGGCGGGCCCUGAGGGGCGCAGGGGGCACCCGGGGGUGGCGGCCCCGCUGCGCUCAGGGGUCAGCGGCGCCCGCGGGAGCACAGGCAGCCGCUGGUGGCGCGUUCAGCCCCGCAGCCGUGCAGUGUGCGGUGUGGAACAGACACAGUGAUCAGAGAAAUGUACCAGCUCUUGGCAGGUGUCUCUUAGGCGAAGGUCGCUGUUUUACAGCGUGGGAAUUUCCUGUUCUGAACGUGCGGCAGCUGCGUUCUGGCCUGAACCAAAGGGUGGUGUUUGCCGAGUUAGCCUGAAUUUCUGAACUUCAGAAAACUUGGAGUUUGAAUUUAUUUUUUUUUAAAGUAAAACGCAGUCAUACCAGGCGUUAAAUUGUUCUAACGGAGAAACUUUUCCAGAAGAUCCCUGUGUUUAUUUAUACACCACACAUGCCUGUAACACUCAGUUGUUGCUUAUUUGCAUGUUUGGUUGGUUUUGUUGUGCUAGUAACUGAUCAGACACUGAGACCAAAGCGGGGCUUUGUGAGGGCUCUGAAGAACUGAUUGUAUACAAAUUGAUUGGUAAUCAGUCUGGUUAAUUUGGCAUUAGAGUUCGGUUUGUGUGAUUGGUGGGCAGUCCCGCGGCAGGAGGUGUUGGCUGGCAGUGUGGGUGACAGGGAGCUGGGGCUGGCAGUGUGGGUGACAGGGAGCCGGGGCUGGCAGUGUGGGUGACACACGGGGCCGGGGCUGGCAGUGUGGGUGACACACGGGGCCGGGGCUGGCAGUGUGGGUGACAGGGAGCCGGGGCUGGCAGUGUGGGUGACAGGGAGCCGGGGCUGGCAGUGUGGGUGACACACGGGGCCGGGGCUGGCAGUGUGGGUGACACACGGAGCUGGGGCUGGCAGUGUGGGUGACACACGGGGCCGGGGCUGGCAGUGUGGGUGACAGGGAGCCGGGGCUGGCAGUGUGGGUGACAGGGAGCCGGGGCUGGCAGUGUGGGUGACACACGGGGCCGGGGCUGGCAGUGUGGGUGACACACGGGGCCGGGGCGCUCUGCCCAGCCGGGGCUGCCAGCUGCGGGCCCGGCUGCGGCAUUCCCAGCCUCGGGAUCCAGAGCAUUAGGAAUCCUAUCCUAAUACUUUGGGAUCCCCUGCAGGGUCAGGCCUGCCUGCAGAAGGCGUUUGAUUGUUUCAAACUUUUUCUUUGCUGCUGCUGCCUGUUACUUUUUUGUUACAUGUAUAAAGAAUUGUAUGCUGAGCAAUGACAGAUUGUAGCUCACUUCCAUUUUUCCCCGUUCACGCAGAUUUUGUUCAGAGAUUGUCUAGAGUUGUGUGUACAACAACGGAAGAAAUUUUCUCAAGAAAUAAACAUUAUUUCAGUUGAAAAGUUUUUCUGAUGAAAGAGUUGAUUUAAAAAUCAGAUUUUAUUUAAUAUUUUUCAAGUAACAUUCAUAUCUAAAAAUAAAAAUAAUGUUCUUAUAUUUCAAGUUUACUGCUGCAUCUUUAUGUUGAAAUUUGUAUAACUUCAGGGCUUUUAUUUUCCUUCCUGGCCCUGUCAGAAGGAGACAUGAUUGGGAUUACCUAAGGAAGUGACUGAAAGUGCCCCACAUGCUCCUGGUUUGGCUGAGCCUGUGCUGCAGUCCCAGCUCACAGACAGCACUGUUUGGUUUGGUUUGGGUUUUUUUUACAAGUGUGCUUCUUGGAGUAAGGUGUGGUAAACAUGGAGUAUAGACACACGUGCCUGAAAUGCACCAGUGCCUCCUGUUCUAUAGCCUGCAGCAAUGAUCAUGUAAGACUCAAUCCUGUAGGAGGGAAUUUGUAUCCUCAUGUUUAUGUUUAUUAAAUUGUGAAUUACUUUUUUUCCAGUAAAACCAAAUUUUAUUCAGAAAUUUUCACUUCCCUUCCUGAAGUAAUAAAAUACUGUUUCAUUUGUUGCUACUCUGAUUUGGAGCAGAUUCUAAAUAUAGUAGUUAAUUAGUCUAAAGCCCCCAAAAUUUUUCUUACUUUAAAAAAGAUAAACUUUAAAGAUUUGGAAAAACUUGUCUUCAUAGUUGCAGACAUGUUUUUCCUAUUGUAUAUUCCAAAGUAGAAGAUGACAUACCCCUAAUAACUGAGAUAUUCAGUGCCAUAAGUAAUGUAUAUUACUAUAGGGAACAUCCUGGUGUAGAUUUCACGUGGGAUGAAAGCAGCACUGUGCAUAAACAGAGUUUUAGCCCCUUAUUAUUGUUACUUAACACUUUAGUGUGCACUGGUUAAAUCAGUAUUUUUAUUUCAUCUUGAAAUAGAUUGUAUUCAUCACCUUUUGGUGUUUGUAGCAAAUUUCCUAUUGAAUAACAAAGCUCAUGUCAAAUAUCCAAAAGAUGGGUUUUUUUUAAACUGUGUCCUUUCACUCAGAUGGAGUAAACUACUAAGUUUUAUGGAGGUAAAAGCAAAAUAAAACCAAGAGGUCAGUGUAGAAGAAGGAAACAGAAGAUGUAAUGAAAGUUUGUGCUGUGCAAUCUGUUGUGUUAAUGACUCCACUAACAUUGCUUUCACUUAAUUUAAUGCUGAUUGCCUUUAACAUUUACUAAACAGUUUUGAAAAUUACUGUAGCUUAGCCUGAGCCGUUUGUGAUUAGCUGCACCAAUUUGAAAUGGCCAAUUUGGAUGAUGACAGAGCCUCCUCUGCGCAUGCUUUUUUAAACUUUGUUGAAACCUUUGAAUGCUCUGAAAUAGAAGAAUAUGCUUGCUUUUUGUUCUUGAUACCUUUGUUUUGUUUCUCUGUUGGCCACAGAGGGUCACAGAUUGUCUGGUUCAAUUUAUGAGCCACUUAAAUGUAUUAACCUUCCAAAGCCAGAGGGGGAAACUCUGUGGGAUAAAUUAAAUCAUUACUAUAGAAUUGUUAAAUCAACGUUGCUGGUCUAUCAAAGCCCAACCACAGGUCUGUUCCCUACCAAGACUUUUGGGAGUAAUCAAAAGGCAAAAGUCCAUGAUAGCCUUUACUGUGCUGCCUGUGCCUGGGCAUUGGCCCUUGCUUACAGGCGCAUCGAUGAUGACAAGGGGAGGACCCACGAGCUGGAGCAUUCUGCCAUCAAGUGCAUGAGGGGAAUUCUCUACUGCUACAUGCGCCAGGCCGAUAAGGUUCAGAAAUUUAAACAAGACCCCAAACCAUCUGCAUGUCUGCAUUCUGUGUUCAAUGCACAAACUGGAGAUGAGGUCUUCUCCCACGAGGAGUAUGGACACCUUCAGAUCAAUGCUGUGUCAUUAUUUCUUCUCUAUUUGGUUGAGAUGAUCUCUUCGGGGCUGCAGAUUAUCUACAACACAGAUGAGGUGUCCUUCAUCCAGAACCUUGUGUUUUGUGUGGAGAGAGCCUAUCGUGUACCAGAUUUUGGUGUCUGGGAAAGAGGCAGCAAAUACAACAAUGGCAGCCCAGAGCUGCACUCAAGCUCCGUGGGACUGGCAAAGGCAGCUUUAGAAGCAAUUAAUGGUUUCAAUCUCUUUGGAAAUCAGGGCUGCUCGUGGUCUGUCAUAUUUGUGGAUUUCGAUGCCCAUAACCGGAACAGACAGACCCUGUGCUCCCUGCUGCCCCGCGAGUCCAGGUCCCACAAUACUGAUGCAGCUCUCCUGCCCUGCCUUAGUUAUCCUGGAUUUGCUUUGGAUGAUGAAGUUCUGUUUGGUCAAACACUAGAUAAAAUUAUUAGGAAGUUGAAAGGCAAAUAUGGGUUUAAGCGAUUUCUGAGGGACGGGUACAGGACGGCGCUGGAGGACAGGACACGGCGCUACUACAAACCAGCAGAAAUCAAGCUUUUUGAUGGCAUUGAGUGUGAAUUCCCUAUUUUUUUUAUUUUCAUGAUAAUUGAUGGCAUUUUUAGAGGAAAUCCUACACAAGUGAAGGAAUAUCAAGAUCUUCUGGACCCUUUGCUUCAACAUACAUCUGAAGGGUGCCCUGUUGUCCCCAAGUAUUACUACGUGCCCGCUGACUUUGUGGAGCUGGAGAAGCGGAGCCCGGGCAGCCAGCGGCGCUUCCCCAGUAACAGCGGGCGGGACGGGAAGCUGUUCCUGUGGGGCCAGGCCGUGUACAUCAUCGCCAAGCUGCUGGCUGAUAAGUUAGUGAGCCCUAAAGACCUGGACCCCAUCGGCCGGUACAUAGCUCCCCAGGACCAGCGCAACGUCAGCAUGAGGUUCUCCAAUCAGGGUCCUUUAGAAAAUGAUUUGGUGGUACAUGUGGCCCUGAUAGCAGAAAGCCAGCGCCUGCAAGUUUUUCUGAACACAUACGGAAUCCAAACUCAGACCCCCAAGCAGGUGGAACCAAUUCAGAUAUGGGCUCAGAAAGAACUUGUCAAAGCUUACUUCCAUCUGGGAGUCAAUGAGAAAUUGGGAUUAUCUGGAAGACCGGACAGACCCAUAGGAUGCCUUGGAACAUCAAAGAUUUACCGAAUACUAGGGAAGACUGUAGUUUGCUACUCGAUCAUUUUUGAUCUCAGUGAUUUCUACAUGUCUCAGGACGUUAUGAUGUUGAUUGAUGACAUUAAGAACGCCCUGCAGUUCAUUAAGCAGUACUGGAAGAUGCACGGCCGGCCCCUGUUCGUGGUGCUGAUCCGCGAGGACAACAUCAGAGGGAGUAGAUUCAGUCCCAUAUUAGAUAUGCUGGCAGCCUUUAGAAAGGGACUUGUUGGAGGAGUGAAGGUUCACGUUGACAGAGUACAGACAUUAAUAUCUGGAGCAGUUGUUGAACAACUUGACUUCCUAAGCAUCGCUGAAACAGAAGAGGCUCCUGUAUUUAAGAGUUUGGAGGAGCUGGAUCUUCCAAAACAUUCAAAAGUCAAGAGACAAUCUAGUACUCCCAAUGCUUCUGAACUUGAGCAGCAACCAGAUGUAAAUAUUAAUGACUGGAAAAACAAGUCAACAUAUGAGAUCCUGCAGAAACUUAAUGACUGCAGUUGCCUGGCAAGUCAAGUGUUACUCUCAAGUAUAUUGCUCAAAAGGGAAGGGCCGAAUUUUAUCACCAAGGAAGGUACUGUUGCUGAGCACAUUGAAAGAAUCUACAGACGAGCAGGCAGCAGAAAGCUCUGGUCUGUUGUGCGCUUCGCAGCAAGUCUUUUAGGUAAACUAGUGGACAGCCUUGCACCAUCUAUUACUAAUGUUUUAGUUCAGGGCAAGCAGGUGACGCUGGGAGCUUUUGGCCAGGAGGAAGCAGUUAUUUCUAACCCCCUGUCACCUGCAGUGAUUAAGGACAUGAUCUACGACAAAUGCCGGCUGCAAGAUGAAAGAGAAGCUGUGGUGCAGCAGGAACUUGUCAUCCAUAUUGGCUGGAUCAUCUCCAACUCCCCAGAACUCUUCAGUGGAAUGCUGAAGAUACGGAUUGGAUGGAUUAUCCAUGCAAUGAAGUAUGAGCUGAAGAUCCGUGCUGGGGAUAUGCCAGCCAAGGACUUGUACCAGAUGUCCCCCAGUGAGGUGAAGCAGCUCCUGCUGGACAUUCUGCAGCCUCAGCAGCCGGGCAGGAGCUGGCUCAACAGGAGGCAGCUGGAUGGCUCCCUGAACAGAACCCCUGCGGGCUUCUACGACCGCGUGUGGCAGAUCCUGGAGAGAACCCCCAACGGCCUCAUCGUGGCAGGGAGGUUCCUGCCCCAGCAACCAACCUUAUCGGAUAUGACGAUGUAUGAAAUGAAUUUUUCCCUCCUAGUUGAAGAUAUGCUGCAAAACAUCGACCAGCCCCAGUACAGGCAGAUCAUUGUGGAGUUGCUGAUGGUUAUAUCUGUUAUUUUGGAGAGAAAUCCUGAGCUAGAGUUCCAGGACAAAGUGGACUUGGACAAGGUGGUGCAAGAAGCAUUUCAUGACUUCCAGAAAGAUCACAGCAGUCCAAAGGGAGCUGAAAAUCAACAGAGUGACAUGACUGCAUUCUACAACACCCACCCGCUUGGGAAAAAGGGAACGUGCAGCUACUUGAGCAAGGCUGUGAUCACUUUGCUGCUGGAAGGGGAAAUGAAAUCAAGCCACGAUGAUCCUUGCACCAUUAGCUAAAGCUUGGCACCCAGCACUGGAAGUGUUGCUUUACUUAGUGUUCAUGCAUUUUUCAAGCCAAUUAUAAGGGACUGGUUUGAAGGGUAACCCUGGCUAGUGACACAAAUGCAUCCUGUCCUUUGCUGAAAGAAGUGCCAUUAAAGAUACCAAGUGCCACCAGAUUUUUUCCUUUCUCAGCUAUGCAGCAUGAAACUGAGCACAUGAAGUUUAGUCCUAUGGUAUUUGAUUAAGUUGAAUGGGAAUGUAUUUAUGAUUUUAAAGAAUGCAUCUACUGUAGCUGGUAAAUUCAAGGGAACGGCAGUAUGAGAUUUUGUCUUUAUACCUCUAUUUAUUUAUAAUUGCACACAAGUAGAAGAGAAAUUAAUAUGCAUACCAAUCAGUGUGGAAAUACAAAAACUGGAUUAUUUUCUUAUUAUUCUACAAACAAAUUGGAGGUGAAGUGUUUGUUAUUCUCUUAAGGUUUUCUUUAUCAGUUCAAGUGAUGGCAUUCAUUUAAUGUGUUGGGUUUUUUAAUUUACAGGCUGGUAACUUGAUAUACAGGUUUCAUCCUAAUAGAGCAACUUUUUAUCUCUAGCAAUACACAUCACUGUAUUUUCCCAGUUGUUAUUUAAACAUCUGUAAGUUAACAAGGGAAAUGUAUGGUAACACAAUAAAAGUUUGUUUUUUAAAAAAAGGCAAACAAGCUGUAUUUAAAUGAAAAUCAAUGAAGAGAUAACUUUGUGUUACAAAUGUUAUCAUGGUAUUAAAGAAUUCAAGAUACACUUAUUUAUCUCCUAAAUGUGUGAAAACACUGUAUGCUAUAUGCUUUAUUUUGGUGAAAAUAAUAAAAAGCAAAUGCUUGUAAAA